AUGCAAAAUUUGUGUCCUUUAUUGGCCCAUGAAGGUUUACUGCGAGUUGGUGGCCGACUGCGACAUUCCAAGUUACCAUUCGACGUGAAGCACCAGUGGAUUUUGCCAGCUAAUAAUCCGGUGGUUCGAAGUCUAAUCAAGGCAUUACAUCAGGAGAACCUGCAUGUAGGUCCGUCAGGACUGAUGGCGAUUCUUCGACAACAGUUUUGGAUCCCUAAGUGUCGCAACACCAUACGACUGAUUACAAGAAGCUGUGUUCGUUGUUUCAAGGUAAAUCCAAAAGCAUUGAACCAAUUUAUGGGAUAUCUACCUGGAUGUCGCUUGGAAAAAGCUCCUGCCUUUUUGAAGGUUGGUGUGGAUUUGGCCGGGCCCAUUAUGAUCAGGCAGGGCGUCCGUAAAGCAAAGGGCUGCGUUUUCAUUUGCAUGGUCACCAAGGGAAUACAUUUGGAGGCGGUGGAAAAUCUCUCGACAGUUGCCUUUCUGGCAACUUUGCAACGUUUUGUGUCUAGACGUGGAGUCCCUGAGGAAAUUUAUUCCGACAACGGAACAAAUUUUGUGGGAGCAAAGAAUGAACUAAGGGAACUGUAUGAAAUGUUCAAGAAGCAAAUGACAGAGCAGAAAAUUUUUGAGUUUUGUCAGCCAAAACAGACCAUUCCACCAUAUGCUCCGCAAUUCGGCGGAUUGUAG